AUGGUCUCGCCUCCCCGCUCCAGCCGCUUGCUCCUGGCGCUCCUGCCCCUCCUCCUCCCGCUCCUCAUGGCCGCCAACCUCAUCCUCAAGGACGGCUACACUGUCACCACCGCUACGCGCUCCUCCCCUACAGAUGACCUUUCAAUUCGCCAAAUUGUGUACAACAAGCUUAUGGAGAUAUCCGAGCAGUUUGUCGCAAGAGGGCUAGUGAGGACAGAGGAGAGCAAACAAAAGAUUGGGGGAGCACAUGAUGUUUACAUUGCUGAUAUAAGGGACGCAGAUCAUCUAGCACCUGUUCAGGAUGCUGAUGCACUCAUAAUCCUCACUAGUGCUGUCGCGAAAAUGAAACCGGGCUUUGACCCUAGCAAAGGCGGAAGAUCACACAUAGUAUUUGUUAAGUGA